AGACAAAAUGCGGUCGAGUCUGCGUGCGCGUGCAGUGAGUGUGAGUGCGCCUGUGUGUGUAUGUAAAUUAAUAAAAAGGACAUCAAAUGAGUGACUCGGACGAUGAUAUUCUGGAUGUGGAAGUCAGGCGGGAUGGGGAGGCUGAAUACGAUAUGGCCAAACUAAAGAUGUUGCGCGAUUCAGCGCGCUUCAUUAGAAAUGUGGAAAAAACCUAUAAACAUCACAUGGCCCACGAAAAGUGGAAGAAGCUUAAUAUGUUAGCAAAAAUUCUGGAGAGCAACAUGACACCGGCUCAGUUUUUCACCCAGUUUCCGGACAACAAAAUAAGAAAGAUUGAGGCAGUUAUUGCAAAGCUGAAGGCGAAAUUUACAACGCUAUGGGAUCCCACUGAUGUCAUUGUGAUAAACGAUGGGGAGCAAGCAGGUACCUCAACAGCAGCCGCCAGCAAAAAGACUGAAGAACAAGCUUCGACAUCAAGUGCAAAAUCAAAAGCGCAUCCAACUGCUGUAUCCAAGACGACCGCUGUCAAUGGAACAGCGAAGAAAACGUUGGGGAAUGAUGCUAAGAAAGCUGCUCCAAAGACACCAUUGCCAGCUGUAAAACAGCAACCUACAGAGGCUAGCCAUAAAUCAAAUCCACCAGCACCCAAAGCAGUUAUAGAUAUUGUUGAGAAAGUCAAGCCAACAACACUGAAGACAACCAUUCCCUUGAAUUUAAAUCAUUUAACAAAAGCGUCAACAUUAUCAACAAUUAGCACUACAAAGAUAUCCACUAGGGUGGUUGCUGAAGCACCCAAAGCUGACUUUGAGCGUAGAGCCAAGCCAAGUACAUUGAAGUUGGAUUUGACAUCACCACCACCAGCUGUCAAGUCUUUGGAUUUUGAACGUAGGGACACCGCAUCGACAUCGCUUGGCACAAGGCGACAGGAUUACUUACGUUUAAUUAGCGAUUCAAUAUCUCCAAUGCGAACACCGUCACCCAUUCUAAUCAGUAGUCCAACUGCAGCCACAGAUGCAGUGGUUUUUUCACGUCGAUCAAGGGUUGCUGCACCACCAGCAUCAACACUAACAGCUUCAGUCAUAACAUCUCCACUAAUAACAGCUCCACAAAUAACAGCUCCACCGCCAAUAGCUGCACCAUCAACAGCUCCAUCACCAACGUCAACAUUAACAGAGAAAACUAUGGAUUUCGAGCGGAAAUGCAAUCCAUCACCACCUCAUGUAUCCCCCAUAGCAUAUUGUUUACCAGACGAGGUAAGAUUGAAGUCACCAUCGUUUCAGGAGGCACGCAAAAAACUAGCUGCAUUAAGUAGCACCAAUGACAACCCUGCCACAGCCACAGCCACUAUUCUAACCUCGCCAUUGGCUUCAAAUUGUAAUGAUCCACGUGGUCGCAAUAGUAGUUAUCUAAACAGUACCUUAUCACCGCCAAAACCAGGACAACAACCACCAUCGCCAGUUCCAGCACCAUCUAAUAUCAAUAUCAAUAUCAAUGGCAUGGGCAAUGGCAAUAGCACCACUUGGUCACGCAUUGAGGGCAACAAACUGAACCACAUUCCGGUUAAGGAAUUUUCACGUACACAAAACAUUCCAGUGGUGGCAAUCACCUCGCCAAAUAAUAAUAACAACAACAAUAACAACCACAAUUUAAACUUGAACAAACUACGUGGACCACCAAGCAAUCAUAAUCUGGUUUCUGCUAGUCCCACCAUGGAACGUGGUUGUUUUAACAACUCUAACAAAGAGCCACCGAGACGUUAUAACAAUUUGUCCAGUGGUGCAGAGCUGCGAGAUCCACGUUGUGCCAAGUGGGGCAACAACAAUGGCCCAGCAAAUGCAGUAACAUCACAGCAACAACAACAACAACAAAAACAGCAAGCACCUUAUGCGGGACAAGGACGACGUGGACCACCCUACAAUAAAGCCUACAAUGAGGAGGCGCCACAUGUGCCCAUCUGGCAGACUUCCAAUAAUAAUUAUAACUACAACAACAACAACAAUAAAAAUAGUAGCAACAACAACAAUAAUAACAACAACAAUAACAAUAACCAAAUGGGCUGGAAUAGCAACAAUACUCAUCAUCAAUUUAAUAAAAGUAAUGCCAAUUUCGGUUAUAGACCCGCUUACAAUCGUGCUGUAUCAGCAGGAGAAUAUGCAACUGCAAGUGCCAACAACAACAAUCACCACCACAACAACAACAACAAUAGUUCACAUUUUUCAACCUCGCCUUCCGGGGGUGGUAUUAAUAAUGUUGUUAAUAAAGAGCCACGUACCUAUCGUGAAUAUCUUUUGGCCAAACAACAACGUCAGCAGCAGGAGGCUGAGAAGCAGCGAAAAUUGGAGGAAGCUGAAAAACAACGCAUAUUGGAGGCAGCAGAGAAGCAGCGUCAAUUGGACGAUGAUGCAAUGCAUCAGUCGGUGGCAGCCAUUGAAAAAGUUCAAUCCGAUACUGUUCAGUUGGAUACAUCAUAUAGGAAUUUGAAGAUGCCGGGCAACAAUAAAAAGAUUGAUUUUAAGAUACCCAAAAAGGCGAGUGUGGACAAAACUGUUAAAGCAACAGAGACUGUGACGAGAGAGAAGGCUGAUAAAACGGAUAAGUCUGAUGAUAUUAUGAUUGUUGAGGAAACAUGCGUAAAAGAGCAAAGCUCUGGGAAUGUCAAGGAAUCGGGGGAGUUGAAGCGCGACGUGAACAAGUCUAAUAAGGGGGGUAAAGUGAUUAAAGCUAGUAAAGUGCACAAAUCGGAUAAAACGGAUAAAGCAGAAAAAGUGGAUAGGACAGACAGAACGGAUAAAGUGAUUAAAUUGAAUAAAACGGGUAAAGUAGAUGGAGCGGCUAAGAUGGAUAAUGCAGAUAAAUCGGUUAUAAGAGAUUCUUCGCCGAAGAUAAAGAACCAGUCAGAGAAAAUGAAUGACAACGAAAAAAUAGCUGAAUCAGAUAUGGAUAAGGAUAGACGGGCAAACAAAAAGGAUAAGAACAGUGCGGACAAACCCAAAGAAAAAGAUGACAAAGAUAACGUGGAAAAUGAGCCACCCCCUUUGGUGGAUAACACCGCAACCGCACCAAAGCCAGCGGAUGGAUUAUCCGAAGUGGAAAUUGAAGAUUCAGAGCAAACAUCGCCAAGACGCAGUCGAGGCAGAUCAAAGGCAAAAUUAAAUGAGAAGGCAGUGGAAAAGGAUAAGCAGGACGAGCAGAAGGCGGAGCAAAAGCCAGAAAGUAGAAUGAAGGAGGAGCAACACGACAAAAUGAAGGAGGAUGUGGAUUUGCAUGCGGCGAAUUCGCUCGAGGACAAGCCCAAGGAGCUGCCCAAAUUGCCCAAAAUCAAAGUGGUGCUGGGACCCAAUGCACAUACCAUGGUCGUUAUACCAAGAGAUUCCAUAGACUCUUUGGAUAACAAAAAGGAGAACGAACCCGAAAUAGAAACACCACCAAAACCACAAUCGGAAUUUAAGCGAAUCAUGCACCGUCGCAAAUCCAUGAUGCCUGUGAGCAGUAAGCCGCUGGUGGAUAAAAUGGAGCUCUUUGGUGGCAGCAGUCUCGAUUACGAGGAUCUCGUAGAGCACAAGCGAGAGCAAGAAAAAAGAGAGCAAUCCAAUGUGACGGAGCCAGGGCCGGAUAAUGCUCGACAGCGUGCUAACAAAAAUCUGGCUGGAAUGUUUGAAAAAUCAACAGAUAAUUGUAGCAUAUCCACGCACAAUAUUCUUGCUGGGAAACGUCGCUCUCGCUUGAACGGUCUUACGUUAAAUGAAACGGAGCUGUAUAGGAAUGUCUUUCAGUUGUCCCAUCCAAAACCAAGAGCAGCACCCACAACAAAAAAAUCUGUGGAUGAUGCUGCGGGCAAACGCAAACGGGGUAGACCACCCGCAAAUAAAUGCGCGGAUGCAUCAUUGAUAGAGAAGCAACCGCCAGCAAAACGUCAGCGUCUUGAGAAUGGAGAAAAUGUAGCUCACCCUACAACUGAUUUAACGACUAAUCCAACAACUAAAAUGUCGGCUAACCCUCCAACUACUAAUCCAACUAUUACUACUCCAACUAUUACUACUCCAACUAUUACUACUCCAACUAUUACUGCUCCAGAAGUUACCACUACGACAACUGCUCCUCUCGCGCCGCCUCCACCAAAACGCAAGGCGAAACGUAAUGAGCUUGACAAGCUGAACGAUGACAUUGCCCAAAUGUAUUAUGCCAAUGAUGUGAUGCGUGCCACAGGACGUAGAACCUGCACCACCCAGCAUCAACAACAGUCUACUGUCGAGCAAGACUCGAGUCGCAGUAGCAGUUUAAGUAGAAGCAACAGAAGCAGUCGCAGUCGCAGUAGCAGCAUUAGCAACAUGAGCAACAACAACACUGCCGAAUUAGCACCCUACAUUCGAAAUGUUGCUCGCCGUGGCCGUCCGUUUGCACUCGGACGUGGCUUCGAUCGAGCUAGCUUUAAGGCAAAACAUCAACAAAAAAUACGCACAAAACGCUGCCAAGUGCGUGUAGCCCGUUGUGCGAAACUCCAAAGAAUGCUGGCAAUAGAAAGUGAAACGAACAAUGAGACAAUGACAUCAACGACAUGUGUGGUGAAAAAUAUAAAUCCCGAAUGGCAUUCAAUGUCGUCAGCGUUAACAAAUUGCGUGAUUUGUGCAGAGUCAAUUAAAAAUCCAUUUGACCAUUAUAUACAGCUUCAUGGAGAGCAUUAUGGCGCAAGAUUGCCAUCUGGUGCACUCCAAGAUUUGCGUGCUGGCAUUAACAAUCGUCCGAUCUAUCACACCGAAGCCAAGGUCUACAAUUUCAAGUGUCCCUUCUGCCUGAAACAGCUGGAGUUUCGUAACUCCACUUGGGUUGAACACUUUGCACGACACACGGGCGAGUUUAACAUGCAGUGCUCCAAAUGCAAGUCACCACGUCAACGCACCAUUCAAGCUGAAAAGCAUGUAGCCAAUUGUGGUCCCGGUGCCAAGUUGUUGAGCUACCAGAACUAUGAUCGCAAGAUGCCCGUUCGUGUUCAUGUCUGUCAUCUCUGUGAUUUUAUUCAAUUAAAUCGUAAGAAUCUCGAGCGUCACAUGAAGCGUCAUCAUGGAUUGCAUCAUCAGUCGGUGGCGCAACUUGGCCAAGAGUUGCUACUUUAUCGGGUUGAUGGUGUACCUCUCGUCAAGAGUAAAACGGCGGCCAAGAAACUGUUGCGACGUCAUAAAGCCUUGGAUAAGACAAAGGUGGACAAAAAGACGGAUAAAAAGAAGGAGUCUGUAAAGAAAACAGAUGCAAACUUGCACAUUAAGUUGACGGGCAAGAAAAAGUUAAAAAAGAAUGCCAAGACGGAGCCACUCGAGGUGAGUCAGGAGAAGCCAGCCGAACAGCAGACGGAGGAGGCUAAUGAAGUGGAAAUAGAGCAGGUGGAAAUUCCAAGUGUCAGUGGGAGCAUUGGCAUGCCACCAACAUUGCCGGAAGAGGAGCAACUGCUUGUGAUCAAUGAAUGCAAGUUAGAGCAAUCCGAGGAGGAAGAAAGACAGGAACAACAGGAAGAAACAGUUUCAGAGACAGAGGCGGAGUCCGAGACAGAGUCCGUGCCAAAGUUGGAGGUAUCGAUAGCGGUUGAAGCGACGGAGGAAAUGCAGCUAAAUCUUUCUGAUACGGCAAAGGAAACACAGGAAAUGCAGACGGAACAGCAAAUGGAAGCAGAGCAGGAAAAGGAGAUGGAAACAGAGCAGGAGAAGGAGAUGGAAACAGAGCAGGAGAUGGAGAUGGAAAGAGAGCAGCAAAAGGAGAUGGAAACAGAGCAGCAGAAGGAGAUAGAAAUGGAGCAGGAGAAGGAGAUGCAAACAGAACAGGAGAAGGAGAAGGAAAUAGAAAUAGAACAGGAGAAAGAGCUGCAGACAGAACAGAAACUGCAGACAGAGACUGAGAACGAGACCGAGUCCAUCUCAGAGCCGCGACCAAAGCAGAAAACAAAAUCAAUUUUCCGAAAUUUCCAAAAAUUCUGCAACAAACUGAAAAGUGGCGGUAGUCCCACUUCUAACACCUCCCCCAUCUCCAGUAGUAACAAAGGAAACUCUAGAUUAUUCAAUAAAUCUCCUGCCCGCAGUGUCAGCGAUUGCGAAGCAGCCGAUUAUGAUGCUCCUCUGGUUACGUCUUCUCUUGAUCGAGCCGUGGAUGGAGUGAAACCAACUUCAGCUAUGCUUUAUCUGUUGAGCGUACAAAAUGUGGCAUAUCGUAUACGCUCGACGCCAACUUUAAAACCAGCCUAUUAUUGUCGUUAUCCCGGCUGUUUGUUUCUUUUCUCAAAUGAGCUGGAAGGUUUGGAGAAUCAUUUCAAAAGUGAUCAUCCAUUGGCACGUUGGAACGGGAGCUGCAUUGAAUGUAAAUCCUGUUCCAAUGAAGUGCCCGAGGAGCUGAGCAUUAAGGAGGAACUGCGACAUAUGGUCGUGAAGCACAUGGAUAAAAAUUUUGCAGCAGAAAUUUUUCCUCCAAUCACUGUCGCACCAGCCGCAAAGCCUGUGCUGCCCAAAUUGCGUGUGCGUCGCUUCACCGGCGAUCGUCUAGCUGCCGGUGAGGAGGCGAUGCCAGAAACGCCUCAAACCGAAGCUCAGACGGUAGUUCCAACGGUAACAGAAGCUCAAUUACCUCAUAUAAUUGGUGGCAUCAAUGGGAAUACCAUGCUGAGGGAUUUGUUGGCUGCCACACCGCGUCCUCCGAGUCAGCAGCAAUUGGAUUUAAAUGCCGCCGGUGUGGGUGAAUUUUUGUGUGCAAAAGCGGCUCCAUCAUCAUCAUCAUCAUCGGCGAACGUAUUAGAGGUAGCACCAUCCUCCGCAGUGAUUAAUCAAACUUCGGAACUAGGUCUGGCCAUCAAUCAAGUGUUUAGCCUGGCAGAUGCAUCGCAUCCACCUCGCAUAACGACCGAAACGGUGACCUUACCCCCAGUACGUAAUAAUGACUUUGUGCUUACUCAAAGUCUUCCGCAGAAUUUUGAUGGUCAGACUCCAGCUGAGAUUAAUAUAUCGAUUGAACCACAUCCGGAGAAUCUGCAUAUAAAUCCAGCUGCACCUCCUACUGAUCCUCCGGCAGUUUCUACUCGUUUGGAUCAGCGCACAAAUCUGAUUGCAGAUCGUUUCCGUUGCAUGGCCAGCAAUUGCAAUUAUUGUGCCCACACGGUCAUGUGUAUUAAGGAGCACAUGAAGUUCCACAGCUUUAGCUUUGGAAGCAUGGAUUAUCUUCGUUGCGCUUACUGUAGUCAUGUGGGCAAGGACAUUAAUGAUUAUGUCCGCCACGGCGUUAUUGAUCAUGGAUUGGCAAGUCGUGCCGAACUUCAGGAGCCCAAAGAAUCAUCUUCCUCGGUACUCAGUCAACGCAUUCGGGAUGUUCUAAAUCAGCGUGCCGGUUCUUCCGCUGUCAGCUCCUUAUCCACAACAGCCGCAACAGUCGCUUCUAGGAUAAUACAUCCGACACCAGGGAGUGAAACAGAUUCUCAAACUUUGACAUCACAGGACAGCGACAGUGAAGCACCCAUCUCUAUGGUGUUUACGGAGCUUCUCAGGCACACAGGUUUCGAUGAUAACAAGCUAUACGCCUGCCCGAUUAAGGGAUGCGGUGGCUGUCUGACGGAAGAGUCCUUUGGAAACCACGUGCUCUACCACAUGAGCAGCAAUCCAGGAGGAAGUCCAUUGAGUUGCAAAUAUUGCCGACAGACAUUCGAGAGGCCAGCGAUGUUGCGAUCGCAUCUACAGCAAAUGCACGGACGCCACAAAUACUUUUGCAGUACUUGCCUAGAGACAACAGUAAAUCCCCGUCUGAUGCUCCAACAUAUGCACAGUCGACACGAGGAGCAGUUCCAACUGAUAAAUUGCCAGCAACAUUUGAUUGAGUUGACCGCAUAUCAUAGUGUAUCGUCUCAAGUGCCCAUGUGCUGGGUUAGCGCAAUGGAGCAACCCUUUGGACAGAAGCAAAUGGAGGAUUUCUUGGGUCGCCUGAUUGAGGAGCUGCGUCAGCGUCGCAAUGGCACCAAGUGUAUCUAUAGGACAAGUGAAAUGCGUCUAUUAAGUCGCACGGUUGUGCUCCAAAAGACGCUGCAAUGCGCCGAGUGCCAGUUUAAAACACAGGAGCCCAAGACACUCCAACAACAUUUGAUAAAUCACAAAUUGCAUCUGGUGAAACUGGCAUAUCCAACCGAGGAUCACACGGACGACGCACAGCAUCAACAACAAUUGGCCGCCCAGGAGUUGAUGAGUUUCAUGGCGGGCACCUCAUCACCAUUAUUGUCAUCUAAUGAAACCGCCGGUGAUUCGAAGUCGGCCAAAAAAAUGCUGCCUGGCAAGCAAUUGCCGAUUACACCCAAAAUUAACUAUGUGCCCAAAGAAUUGCGUUACGUUUGCGGUGUUGUGGAUUGUGGAGUGCAACUUGGAACAGAGCAGGCACUACGUCAACAUUUGAGCACGGCACACAAGUACACGGAGCAUUUUAAAUGCAAACACUGCUCGUACAGGGACAAUUCUCUCAGUAUUGAAAAACUGAUCGAGCACCUGUCAAAUCACAAGCGUUAUGUCUAUCAAUGCGGCGCCUGCCCUACGAUCCUACCCAGGCGACACUCUGUCGAUCGACAUAUUCACGAAAGGCAUGCGACACAGGAUGUCGAUGUCAUUAUUCACAGGAGAGGUGAUCAAAGCAUAAACACCAUCAAGUCCGAGGCCCGUUGGUUCAAGUCCGUUGGUCCUGUGCGCACAAUGGCCGAUGAAUGGUUCUGCAAUUUUUGCCUUUUGGUGCUAAAUAAUGAGACACAAAUGAUGUCCCACAUGGAGUUGGCGCAUCAACGCCACCAUCAGUAUUGUUGUCCGUAUUGCGAUAACGGUUCCAAGGAUGCCAUCACUAUGGUCUAUCACAUAAGGCGGCAACAUCCCGGCAAGCGUGUGCAGCCGAUGCAAUGUUAUCUACGGAUGAAGAGCAAGAAUCGACAGACAUUGGGAUUCUUCUGCAACAGUUGCGAUGAGGCGAGCAAUAGCUAUCAAAAGAUGUCACGUCAUUGUGCCGUGGAUCAUAAUAAUCGAUAUCAGUUCAAGUGUUGCCACUGUGAAUUUGGACAUGCCGUGGAGCGUACCGUUAUGUCUCACAUAAUGACCGAACAUGUCGGUUUGCUGGGACUCGCAUUCCAACAGUUUGAUCGUCUGCCCAACGAGUUUCUCGAUAGCUUUUUCUGGAAUCUUGCCAAACCGCUAAUUACGAUUCACAAGGCCAGCACCUAUCCCACUAAUAUUGUCAUCCCGAGUGCCAUCACCAACAACGCUUCAGAAGAACCGCAAGCUGAGUCAAUCGAUUUAGUAUCGUCCUCGGAUGAAGAGCAGGAUGUCGAAAAUGAUUUCAUUCCACAGAAACUAUACGAAUUCGCAUGCUCUCACUGCACAGAAAUAAGCAACGACAUUGAGGAGUUAAAAUCAAAUCACUGGUCCAAGAAGCAUCCGGAGCAACCCUUUUAUUUCUGUGUUCAACCGCAAAUGUGCUGUCCAGAGUGUCAUUGCUACAAGGGUAAUGCCAAAUCUUUGCUGGAGGAUCAUUUGCCCAAUGCUCAUGGCAUAUCAACACUUGUGGCCUGCGAUAUACGCCAGAUGAGGGAGUGUGCAUUCUGUGAGUACAAAUACAGGGGAUGGAUUGAUUUAUCCCAGCACAUGGUGGCGCAGGCGCAUCUGGCAAAUGAUUUAAAGAAUCUAACGGAUGAUGAACUGAACGCAUUGCUUCGACUGGGCAAAGCAACCAAGAAUGAAUACUAUCAGUGUGAAUUGUGCCGGGUGAUAAUGCCGACACAGAAGGCGAUCGGACAACAUGGAACUGUGGAGCAUUGCAAUGCGCUGGAUCGUUUCUGUUUCCGUCUCGUCCAGGAUGAGAUUAUUUACCAUUGCUCCUUUUGCAUGUAUGCAUCGACAACAGAAAUGGAAACGUUGCGUCACAUGCUCGAUCAUUACAAGAAAUUUUGUCAUUGUCAUUUUUGUAAAGCGGUUUUAAAUGAUGGCUUUGAGGAGUAUAUACAACACUGCUAUACGUUCCAUCGCGAGGAUGUGAAACGUUUCCAUUUGGUGCAUCGCUAUGAGGAUCUCAAGAAAUUCCUUAUGCAGGUGUUGUAUCAAUUCCAAAAUGGAUUGAUUAUCAGUAAGAGCAGCUUGCGAAACACUCGUUUCAAUUAUGAUCAUCUGAUGGGUCAACUUUAUACGGAACUGAUGAAAAAAUCUCAACAGCCGCCAAUUCCACGUCUAUUAAUCAGUCAAUUGCUCAGUCGCAAUGUUGUCACCGUCACUCCCGUCACGCCUAAACGCAUCACUAAUCGCCGCAAGACAUUGAAUCCCAAUGAUUUGCAACCAAUUGAAGCGCCAACAACUAGUAGGAUAUCAUUACCAAAUGUGCCACCAACGAAUGUCAAUUGGCACACAUCAUUUACAGGCUCUAAACCAGCUCCAAUUAUAAAUACAACUGCUGUUACAACACCCGCAACUCCCGCUGCAGCUGCUCCAGUUGCUCCAGUUGCCACGCCUCUCCAUCAGCUGCCCAUUUUGCAGCGCAUUCAGAAGCGUCGCAGUACAUAUGUGGAACCUGGGCAACUCUCCUCCGCAUACAAAGUUGUGGAUCCCAAACGUCGACGUGCGCCACAAUGAAAUAUCAUGGAAUCAUCUACUAAUCAUCUCUAGAUUUUAUACCAUUACUAUACUGUAUUUGUUUUAUACUAUAUUUAUCCUAAAAGUCAGCCUACAAAUUACACAUUUCAGCUAUAAAUUUAUUAAUGAUACAAAACAUAAUAAUAUACA